UUAACCUCUGUUGCUUCUGCAGUACUGCAAUAACGGUAAUAUUAUCAUCUAAAAGAAGAUUAAAACGAAUUUAAGCCGAUGGCAGUUGAUCUAAAGCUUUUAAAAUGGUUUCUACAUUAAAUUAGUUAGUGAACUGGAUUAAAGCACUUGCUGUUGCGCCGCUUUAAGCGGACACUCACAAUUUAUUUUGGAUGCUGUGUGUUUGUUUUCCUGACCAUUAUUGAUUUUGUCAGACGCAGCAUCUUUAAACACAGAAAAAGGCGCCUAAAAGGUGUUCUGAUUCCUAACCAGCUAGAUAAUAUUUGAGUACUGAAGAAUUAACUACAGUUGAGUCUCGGCAUAAUGAAACGCCAGAAUGUUCGAACCCUUUCCCUUGUGGUGUGCACAUUUACGUACCUUUUAAUUGGCGCCGCGGUCUUCGAUUCACUGGAGUCCCCAACGGAGGCCAAACGAUGGGAGUUUUUACAGGCCGUUAAAAACAACUUUGUAAAGAAGUACAAUGUAACAGACGAGGAUUUCCGAGUGAUGGAAAUUGUCAUUAUUGAAAACAAACCACACAAGGCAGGACCCCAGUGGAAAUUCGCUGGUGCCUUUUAUUUUAGCACUGUCGUUCUGGCCAUGAUAGGAUAUGGCCACUCCACACCUGUUACCAUUCCGGGAAAAGCAUUUUGUAUGGGCUAUGCAAUGGUAGGUAUUCCUCUGGGCCUGGUGAUGUUCCAGUCGAUCGGUGAACGAUUGAACAAGUUCGCCUCAGUUAUCAUAAGGCGGGCGAAAAGGGCCAGUGGAGCUCGGUGUACGGAUGCCACCGAAAUGAAUCUUAUGCUGGCCACUGGAAUGCUCUCCUCCAUUAUUAUUACCACGGGAGCAGCAGUGUUCUCCCGAUAUGAGGGCUGGAGCUACUUCGACAGCUUCUACUACUGCUUUGUCACCUUGACCACAAUUGGUUUUGGCGACUAUGUGGCCUUGCAGAACGAUCAGGCACUUACCAAUAAACCAGGCUAUGUGGCAUUAAGCUUGGUCUUCAUCCUGUUCGGAUUGGCAGUGGUAGCUGCCAGUAUUAAUCUGUUGGUGCUGCGUUUCAUGACCAUGCAGGCGGAGGAUGCGAAGCGGGAUGAACAGGAUGCCCAGAACCUGGCCGGAAAUGCCCAGCCAGUCACCUUCGAUGAUGAAUCCACCUACAAUAUGCAUGGCAAGCUGUUGGAAAACAACUACACCACUGAGAAUGAUGAGACCGCUUCGUUGUGCUCCUGCACUUGCAUGGGUGGCACUAGGUGUCUCAACCACGAGCAGUUCGUGGAUCCGGAUUUUGCGCCUACGGAUAUCAUUGAGAGCACUUUGUGCCUGAAAAGAGCCUCCGUCUGAUAUCCGUAUAGCCAGCUGUGGGACUCCUCCAUUUAGGAGGGUUCUCCAGGGCCAAAGGAUCGCCAAAUUAUAGUUACAAUCCUGUAGAGCCUCAACCGCCGCCAAUCACAAAAAACAUUGGUUGUUAGACGAACCUUCCCUACGUAGAUAUUUACACAAGGAUGGGUCGAUUAUUCUUGCGAAGAAUUGUUAAAGCUUAAAGAAUUCUAUAACAAGUUUAACAUAUUCACUGGAAUUAUAGAAACUUUUUUUUUUGCAAGCAACAUUUUAUAUUUAGAUGAACAUGAACAUUUAUAGAUUUUCGGAUAUUUUAAAUUUAAGAAAUUCCGCAAAUUCACGUAAAUUCUAAUUCUCGACCAAAAAAAAAAUGUCUUCAAUAUUUGGCAAGCAAAUUGAGUUAUUGUUAUUUUAUUGUAUUUAAAAUGUUUGUAUUCAACUUUUUUCGCCACAUAAUUUUUGACCUUUUUGCAAGCACCAUAGUCGACUCAUCCCAAUAUACACAUAUACAAAGGAGGAACCUCCAAAAUGCCCAUGUCAAUAUCAAUCGUAUCACCUGGCUGGUGACCUUCGAGGUGACCUCUAUUGGUUCGAAGGCCCCAUCACGAAUUUUAGCUGUAUAUUGGUUUAACUAAGUACUAUUAAAGUUUUUGCUCAAAAUC